UCGAUCUGCAAUAAUCCACAUUCACGACGAAAAACUACCUCGUUUUUACCAUCAAAGAUUUAAUAUAUGUAAUGGUUAAUGGAUUCUCUCCAACAGUACGCAGGUUUUGAUGAACAUUUCUGCCAAGCAUCAUCCAACUUUACGUGGAAGCAUCAUCUAAUAAACAUGAACAGGAAAUGACUGAAUUAUUCUGAUAAAAAAACUAAUAACCUUAAACAGACUGCAAUAGUUUUAAAAAGUCCCAUGAGCUUCGGAAGGGUUCUGUGGAACCAGAUUGUUUAUCCGGUCGCUAGGGUCGGAGUUGCCGUCACGUGUGACGUCUUAGCGAUUAUGGGUUGUAACUGCACGAGGGAGCGGUUGGAUUUUGAAGGACGACGGUUCUAUGUGCUAAGGAGACUUGGGGAAGGGGGUUUUAGUGUGGUGGAUCUCCUCGAAGACAAUGACACCGGGAAGAAAUUUGCUCUGAAACGAAUCCAGUGUCACUCAAGAGAGGAUGAGCGUCUCGCCAAAGAGGAAGCCGAAUACCAUCCAAAAGUCAACCAUCCCAAUCUGAUACCAUUAGAGGCAUGGAAGGUUACCAGGGGUACUGGGGGUGUGACGGAAGUUUUAAUCGUCUUACCAUUUUUCAGAAGAGGCACAUUGCAAGAUGAACUCGACAGACUAGCUACAAAAGGAGAAUUCAUAUCGGAACACAGACUACUCAGAUUGUUCAGAGGAAUGUGUGAUGGAGUCAGAGCACUACACCAGGCAUCCCCGGUACCUCUUGCUCACAGAGAUAUUAAACCAGGAAACGUUCUUUUGUCGGACAAUGGCACGCCAGUCAUCAUGGACUUUGGUUCAAUGGCACCUGCACGGUUAGAGGUCAAAGGUCGAUCGCAAGCUCUCGCUGUACAAGACCUUGCAGCAGAGAAGUGUAGUAUGCUGUUCCGAGCCCCAGAACUCUUCCACGUUGAAAGUCAUACAAUAAUUGAUGAAAAAGUAGACGUUUGGUCAUUGGGGUGUCUUCUCUACGCGAUGGCAUUCCUACAAUCACCCUUUGAGCCAGUCUACCAGAGAGGUGAUAGCCUUCACUUGGCCGUCCUUGGACGUAACUUCAAAUUUCCAGACACUACAAGGUACUCGUCUAGUUUGAAAGAACUUGUGUCUUCCAUUAUCGUGGUGGAGGUUAUAGAGAGACCCUCAGUGGCAUGGAUUGUAGAACAGGUUGAUAUAAUGCUACAAGAGAUGGAGCACAAGGUGUAGGGGGGUCAUGGGUUAAAGGUCAAACUAAUGCAUCUAAUGGUGUUACACUAUGGUAGCACUCUGGUAUUUCAUAGGAUUGCAGGUGAUGCUCCACCAGGGUGGAUUUCAAAAAGAGUUAAAACUAGUCUUAUCUCGAGUUGGGAUGAGUUACUGGUCCGAACUUAAGACUAUCCUUGAGUUUUUAUUAACUCCUGAACAGUCCUAGGACUAGUCCUAAAUUGUUGACUAUCUUUGUGAAAUCGACCCCUGGGGUGGGGUUUAGAGUUACAAUAGUGGGAAACUACACUUUAAACUUCUCUCAAGUUGCCAUUGUAGGUACAAUGCAUGCAGAGUGGACAAGUCACUGGGGUUUUAGUCAGUUAAUGUUCGAGCUUUUUAAACAUGCACCCUGAAGAAAGUGUCAAUUGCCAAUCCAGUGAGAUGGUUAUCGCAAACAGAAUAUACCAAGUUGAUUGGCACAAUCCUGGUGAGCGAGGGCACACAACAAUAUUCUGAGCUCAAUCUGCAAUGUUUUUAGGUGGAGUGCAUACAGUUGAUAUUUAUACAAACAAGGACUUGACAAAGUCAGCCUUGAGUUAAGUCUACAUUUGGGGUUCAACCUGCCACCUAUUGCCCACAAAAGUCACCAAUAAGAGUU